AUGGCAGAAGAAGCUCCAGCACCGGCCGCCGCACCGGCCAAGGCGGCCAAAAAGAAGGCUCCCAGGCCCAAGAAGACCGGGCCCAGCAUCAGCGAACUCAUCCUCAAAGCUGUCGGCGCCUCCAAGGAGCGGAGCGGCGUCUCUUUGGCCGCCCUGAAGAAGGCUCUGGCUGCCGGUGGGUACGACACGGAUAAGAACAAGGCCCGCGUUAAGGUCGCCGUCAAGAGCCUGGUAGCCAAGGGGACUCUGGUCCAGACCAAAGGCACCGGGGCUUCUGGUUCCUUCAAGAUGAACAAGAAGGUCGCCGAGAAGAAAGUGAAGAAACCGGUCAAGAAAGCCGCUCCCAAGGCUAAGAAACCUGCAGCAAAGAAACCCGCAGCAAAGAAGCCCGCAGCGGCUAAGAAACCCAAGGCUGCCAAGAAAGCGGCAACCCCAAAGAAGUCUCCGAAGAAGGCCAAGAAACCCGCGGCGCCCAAGAAAGCCGCAAAAAGCCCCAAGAAGGCUGCCAAGAGCCCUAAGAAGACUGUCAAAAAGGCCCCAGCAGCCAAGAAAGCCCCCGCAAAGAAGGUUGCCAAACCCAAAGCCAAGAAGGCAGCACCCAAGAAGAAGUAA